CCGCCCCCGCGUAAGGCUAUCAUCGUCAGCAUCAUUAUUAAUUCAGGCACAGAAGCCUCAAUUGGUAAUCAUUUUGCCCAGUUUUGAAGUUUUAGAAACAAAAUCUUGUCUAUAAAAACGCACCAAAUCCCACCUGCAGGAAUAUCAUCUUGCUAUUACAUCUCAACACAAACUUCCCACCCUGGAUUCUCUACUACGCAUCCCAUCUACCACAACCUACACAAUGGCUUCUCUUCUUCCCGCGCCUCGCAGAAUUACUGCCUCCAACUUAUCCUUGCCCUCCAAAUACAGCGACAAUGAAAACGCUGAGCCUGGAGUGGAAGUCCAUGACGACAAACUUACUGUAGAGGCACUUGGCGAUGGUAGCUAUAGACGCGCCGUAAUCGGUACAAGUACACAAGUACCUACAAGCAACGACGGCCACGGCGAACUGGCGCUGGACAAUGUUCCAGGCGCUGGCAUUGUGAUGCCUGGCGGCCUCAACACAUAUUAUCUUGAUAUUGCGCCCAACACAGAAGGCCCUCUUCACCGAACUACUUCUACAGAUUAUAUCGUCGUCAUAAGCGGCAAACUGAGCCUCAUAACCCCCAAACCUGAAGUAUACGAGAUCAAAGAUGGCAAGGCCUCUUGCGCUGAUGAACUGGUUGAGACGGUCGCUCUACCCGGCGACGUCAUCUACCAGCGUGGCCCUAUUCAUAGUCUCUCCAAUCGCACAAAUGAAUGGGUUCGAGCUCUGUGCAUUGUCGUCGGCUCGGAGCCGAACAAGGUACAUGUAGAAGGUUCAAGUGACAAGGUACUUGAUGAUAAGUGGUUGGCUUGAGACCAUAUAGUACAUAGAUGAUAUCAAAGCCAGCUAGAAUAAAUGCGAAAAGCUUCUUUUAAUAUAUAAUGACAAGUGUAUUAAUAUCAUACUUAUUAAACGUACUAUAGCGAAGCAUUGUAGUUGAUAGCU